AUGGCUGAGAUUGAAGCAGACAUUGACUCGUACCGCAAAGAGACCUCUAUCUCACUUUUCGCUUGUCCUCUCGAUUGGUGGAGAAGCAACUCACAUCAUUACCCACUGCUGUCAACCUUGGCCAAGUCAUAUCUCUCUGUCCCAGCAACCUCAGUCCCAAAGUGCGUGAGCGAGUCAGGGGACUCGAAGCAUGACACAAACAUCUUCUGUCUGGCUGUGUUACUGAGCAGCACUCUGGUCUACAACAGUCGAGGGACGAUCGACAACAGGGCUGUAGAGGAGCUGCAAUAUGUUACUGAACUAACAGAGUGCAUCAAGGUCAAAUCAUCAGACGAGGAUGUUGAUGAUUCAAAUGAGUUUGUGAAGUUCUUCCCUAGUUUCAUCUGGGCAGUGAGGGACUUCACCCUGGAGCGAAAGAUUGAUGGCAAAGAUGCAACAGAGAAUGAUUAUCUAGAGUUUGCUCUGAAGCUGAAACAUGGAACAUCAAAAAAAGUGAUGGAGUACAACCUUCCCAGGGAGUGCAUCCAAAAAUUCUUCCCCUCCAGGACGUGCUUCAUGUUCUCGUUUCCAACCGCCCCAGAGAAUGUGUCUCGUCUGGAGAGAUUGGAUCCUGCUGACCUUUCCACUGAGUUCCUGGAGGUUACAGGACGUUUCUGCAAGUUUGUCUUUGACAAGAGUCAUGUGAAGAAGCUGAAGGAUGGAUACACAGUCACUGGCAGAGUUCUGGGUCAUCUAGCAAAAACAUACGUUGACACCAUCUCUAGUGGGGCUGUGCCGUGUCUGGAGAAUGCUGUGAUCGCCAUGGCAAUGAUUGAGAAUCAAGCUGCGGUGAAGGAGGGGCUUGAGGUGUACCAGAGUGGAAUGGAGAAGCUGAAGAACUCCUUCCCUCUGGAGUUAAAGCUUGUGUCCUCGGAACACCAACGUCUCAGUGGCAUGGCAACACAAACCUUCAUGACUCGAUCUUUCAGGGACACUGACGGGAAGCACCUGAAAUCUCUAGAGGAAAAAGUUAAUGAACUCUUUGAUGGAUACCUGUGCCAAAAUGAGCAAGCUUCUAAGAAAAGAUGCGAGGAUCUUCUGUCAUCCCUCUCAGCAACAAUGACUAAAAAACUCAAAGAGGGCGUCUAUGCUAAAUCUGGUGGCUAUGAUCUCUUCUGCAAGGAUCUGGAGGACAUUUUGAAGAAAUACAACAGUCAGACCAAUAAAGAAGUCAAGGCUGAAGCGGUCUUAAAGGUGUUUCUGAAGCAGAAGUCUGUGGAUUCUAAAGCUAUUCUGCAGGCUGACAAAAAACUGACUGAGAAGGAAAAAAAGAUUAACG